AUGACUUCUGAGAGUGAUGUUCUAAAAACAAAUGAAUUUCUUCGUCGUCGAAAAUUGAGACUUCAACAGGUUAGAGAACAAUCAAAAGAUAUUGCAAAGAAAAUACGACAACGUGCUAAAGUUGAACAGUUACGGCAGACGAUAAAUCUUGAUGCCAAGAAAGAAAAAGAAUAUUUUGACUUACAAGAAAAAUUUGUGGGAAGAUUAGAACAGUUGUAUUCACGGAGUGUAGAAAAUGUUGGAUCUAGUCAUAGGAAUGCUGCUGAAGCUUUAGAGCAAGAAAAACAAACUAAUCAAGAUAUUUCAAAACUACGUGGGAAAGAGGCAGUUACAGAGCUUCGUAAAAGAAAGCAAGAUAAGCUAGAUGAACAGAAGAAAAUUCUUGAUAGGAAGUUGCAGGCUAGGGAAACAGCAAAUGAACUUUUUAGAGACAAACAUGCAACUGUUGCAAAGAUACUAAAAUCCAAAUCAGGUGACAAUAUACAGAAACAAUUAGAGGAACCUAUUGUUAAUGAAAUAAAUAACAAUCCAGUGGAAAAGGACAAAGCAGAGAGGGAUAUAUCUAAAAAUGAUAUGGCUACACAAUGGGAGACUGAUGAGUUACUUAAUGAAUGGGGCUCCAGUGUUCCAACGCUGUCUUUUCCAAAAGAUGACAGAGACAGUAGAAAACAUUUAGAAAAUGAAAAAUCUGAGCAUAAAAGAUUGAAUUUAUUUGCAUUAAGUGAUGAAAUGCCAUCUUGUCUCCGCGGUGGUAAUAGCAAUAUGUCAAAUAAAGCAUGCCAACAACAAUCUUCGGUUAAUAUUGUCUCUGAAUAUUUACAAACCAGAAACUUACGUUUGAGAGAAGAAAAACCUGUCAGUACCAAGAAAUCUGAUGAUUUGCAGAGUAUCAAACAAACAAUACUAAGGAGUCGAGCCUCUAAAAUUGAUGUUUCAGGCAGGAAUACAAAUACCUCAAAAACCAAUUCGGCAUUAAAUAAAAAGCCAUCAGUGACAAUGUACAAUCACAGCACAAGAGACACAAGAGAAUCAUAUAAUAAUGAAGCAACCAUUGUCCGAGAGCAAAACACGAGUGACGAUGCAUAUUUAAAUGCUCUAAAGGAAACAUCUAUUUUAAAUGAAGUUAAAACCCAAGAUCUUGAAAAGAAGAGAGAGAUUCUAAGAAAUAAAGUGGCUGCGACAAGGGAAAAUGUGGAUAAAGAAUACAAAGAUACGCUGUCAUUUUUAAAUUCGUUAUCAAAGGAAAAACCCUGUAGGACAAAUAAUCUCUCUCACAUGGGUUAUGACAGACUUCAAAUACAAAAGGACAAACGGCAGAAGGAAAUGCAAGAUGAAUUUAGAAAGAUUGAAAAGGAUUGCACCAAGAAGACAUGUAAGCAUAAAAAUCGAGCUAACAGAGUUCACUCAAGAUCACCCGAUAGCUUUGACCGACCAUUUCAAUAUGACUGGAUGCCAGUCCCGGAGAGCGACUUCGCCGUUCACACGCUACCGAAUAAAAAUAACGUAAAAUUUAACGACGUCGACACAUACCACGAAUACAGAUCGCGACACAAGCACACACCUCCGACAAAACAAAGAACUAAAGACAAAGUAAAUACAUUGGUAAUUGAGGAUACGUCUGAAACGGAUAGUUCCGAACUGACGGAUUUUCCUAACGAAGAACAGUCGGACGGAGAUAGGAUUGUCAUUUAUAAGAUUUUGGAUUCGAAACGCAAAAGGGACGAUAAGAAAGUGAAAGCGAUUAACAGGAUUUUUAAGUCUGCCAAAUUGAGUGAUAAAUGUGUGAAGGAUGUCGAAGUUCAGGAUAAUACUAAGAAUACGGAGAGCGCUUUCACGGUUAAACAUGGAGAAGCUUUGGAGAAUCUGAACGAAGGUAUCUACAAAGUUGGAGAAAAUGGAACCUACAAUGUUAUGAGUUGUUACACAAGCAAUGUCGAGAUGUGGAAGACGUGUACAGAAAGAAAGUCUUGGUGGGAUAACAUUGCGUCUACCUAUUUUGAGAAUAACAGCAAUGUACCGACAGAGAAACAGGACGGGAUUAAGAAGUCUGUUACUUCGCAAAAUGUUGAAAAUCAACAAGUUCCAAGCACCAGUGCCAAGAACAGUACGUCUUUCAGAUGCGACCACACAUGUCCUGGUUGCAAAUGCCGCCAUCAACCAUUGUCUGCGCCACAAUCCUCUUGCUCCUUUCAAACGGCCCCCAAUGACGCACCCGAAGAGUUCGUCAAGCUUAUCGAUGGACAGGAAACUGGAAAGUUCUACAUUGGAGCAUCUGGUUUCUUAAAAGACGACAACUACGAAGUUGUAAUUCAAUUAAAGAAGAAAGAAAUCGAAAAAAAGGAAAUUGAAAAAGAAGAAAGGAUUUCCAAAACCCAAGAAGCGGAAGAUGUUACCAAAGAUUUGACAAAACCCGACCCUAUUAAUGCUGAAGAACCGAAGACCUUGUCAAAAGAUACCGAAGUACAAUCAUUCGCAGUUAAUGUGAGGGAAAGUGCAGCACAGACUUCGGUUGACCAAGGUGUCGAAGAGGAUGUGACACAAGAGCUGGAACAAGUUAAAUCUAAAAAUGUGGAAGACAAAAACGUUAAUACAACGUUUCGAGAUUCCUUUGCAAUUCCUGAUGUCCCAAAAAGUGAUCCCGUAAGGCCAGCCACGUCUACCUACACCCAGACAUCUUUCAGUUCACCCAAUUCUAGACCUGUUUUCUUGCAUAUGACGUCAUCUACGUCCACGGCAUACAUGAGUCCCCCCGACUUUAUAGUUCCACAACUUUUGAGACGUCACGUACCUGACGUUCAAAAUGAAAGACAUAAACGGUGCUCGCAUUCCUCCAGAGCAAGGAGAUGUAGACACGUCAGCAGCACGACCGAGACUCCGCCGAAUACUGCCCGAAAUGAGUUUGCAGAUGAAAAGAAACACAAAGUCUGCCACACACACAAACACAAAAGCGUCUCAACUUUACACAGAGAGUCUUCAAAGUCUAUACAUGGAACGCAUUCGUCCAAAACUAUGCCUAAAUUGCGAAUCACAGAUAACAAAAUUAAUCCCGUGGUAAAGAAAUAUGUUAACAAAUUGUUAGCCCUCAAUAAAGAAGGGAAGAAAGCGAUCCAAGUGAUCAAUCAAGAUUGCAGCUCUGUCAAUACGCCGAGUAGUUCUAUCGUCAAUGCUCCUUACAAUAUGGAAAAGGACGCCUCCUUAGAUAACAAAAUCUCUUUAGAACAAAUAAAAAUAAUGCUCGAACAACAGAUAGUUGACGAUUACGCGAAACGCGCGAAUAAAGAUUGUCGACUCUCCGACUCGGCACACAACAGAAGUUUGCAAAAACUGCCGAAAAGGAAACAUGUGCACAAAGUGAAGUCCCUAAACAUAUCCAGGCAUUUAUUUAAAAAUAAACAAACCAAUGAUUCACAUUAUCAAUUAAACGUCAAUUCAAAGAAGCAGUCGUUUUCAUCGACGUCUGACCGUUUAACGCAGAAUAACGGUGAAUUGACCAAACCAAAAAGUAGAAACAAAAGUUCACCAACAGAACAGAAGCACUCUAAGAGCGAACCGACGCCUACGGAAAACAAACAGCCGAAACGACACCCGCGCCUGACCCCUUGCUCCUCAACUCACACAAAAAGUGAUGAUUAUACUCUUCAUCGACAUCGUCCUUCCUCAAUUUCCACUGAUUCAGAAAAAAGAGUCCAGACCGCAUUUUCACACAUUCCUCCCUCGGACUCCGCUCACACCAGUGGUAUCGAAAGCGAAAUAAACUUUAUAAAAUCAGCUGAAAAUAAGCUUCAAAAUAUGGAUAAAAUCGCUGACCUCACCGAGAAAUGUAUGAAUCGGUUAUCUAACCUGGCCAAGGUGCUCGAAGAAGUGAGAAAAAACAAGUCAAUGGUGUACAGUCAUAUUUCUACCUCAGAUACUGCGUCAGACUCGGAGCCUAAACAGAAAAUCCCAGAUGAUCGGCAAGUGUGUAACGGGACCGAGGAAAGAAACGAUAAUCUCGGUGUGCGUUAUCAAGAAAACGCACAACGUGAAUAUAUUCCUCUACUUCAAGACAUACCUAAACCACUAACUCCUUCCACUUUAUCUCUUUCUACAAUCAGCGAAAAGUCAAACGCUCCGUCUUCCACGAGUGAUCAGACAAGGCACAAAGCGAGGCCUCCGCCAGCUCUCUCCAGGAUUAAUCUAAAGACCGCACCGGAUAAUUUCGUGGUACCUCACGAACUGUCCACAGUUAUGGAAGUUGAUUCCCCGAUGAGCGUCAAAUUAAAAAAUCAAUCAUCGCGGCAGAACUUGUACAGGGAAUCGGCGCAAGAACCAACCGUUAGUGGCAACCGGGUUCCAGACGAAACGCAAUUGGACCAGAAUAAACUCCAAGCAAACUCAUCUAAAACUCGAUCGAAAACGCCUUCACUUACAUCUGAUGAUACAAAGAUGGAAAUGAUGGAUAUGAAAAUAUUUAAUGAUAUUAUGCUCAAGCCUUUUGUGAGUUUGCAAGAGUAUGCAAAACAGUGCAGCGUUCCUAUCGAAGACGCUUCUAAUAUGGAGGAUCUGCCCAAGAAUGAGCAAGGGGGCGGCGAAAUCAGCUCUUUACAUUCCGACGGUAGCCUUCCUGAUGUAAUUUCAGAGUUAUUGAAAAGAAAACUCAUAAGUGAGCCGUUUAAGUUCGAUACGGCGACGGCGUCACAACUCACCACUAGCGUGUCAUCGGAGUCUUCUCUAUCACUCUUGGCCUUAUCUAAUAUGUACAAAGCAAAGAGAAGAUCAAGCAAGCACCUCGCAAACAAAGAGAAUCUCACGGAGACUUCGGAAACGUUGAGUUUAUCGUCAAAUCCAGAUUUGGAAAAUGCCUUUCAGAAACUCGGUAUGGGGUGGGCUUCUUCUACUUUAAAGAAAACGAAGGAGAGGUUGGCCUUGUCGUCUUCUUCGAACACAUCCAGUUCGAGCUAUAGCCAGUUGAAAUUUAAAAGCUUCAAUAAGGAUUCUCCUACUUUAGCCACGGAUUCUUCGCUGUCCGACACAAAUAGGUCUAAAAAUUUCGGUGACAGUGCAAAAAAUGCCGUACAGCAAACCUCCGUCACCAAUUCAAUGAUUGUCAAAGAGUUUCUCACGAAUGAACUUGCUAAAAAAAUUAUUUUUACGAAUCAAUCGAGUAGAAAUGCUGACGAAUUUGUGUCCUUGUAUGAAACGAAGAUGCCAGAGGAAAUUAGGGACACACCGGAAAAAACUAGGGAGGGAGAUCAGUCUGUCGCGAGCCAAACGAAUAGAGCGAGGACUUCCACCCCAGUGCAAAUUUUCAAGUCUACCACUUAUCACACAACAUCCAGUUCCAACGCUUCCAACGGAUUAUUCAGCAAUGCUGAAGAACUGUCUUCGGUGAAAGUGACCUCUACCUCCAUACGAAAUCAUUCCACGUCUGAUAAAGAUGAUUUAACCAUUCCAAAUUGCAGCCUCAAAAGAAAAGGCUCUGAUAAUAGCAAAAGCGCGUGA